AUGGAAUAUGUUGUGGGCCCACAAUUGGCUGCCGUUGCAUUAGAACAACAAUACUCGUCCGUGUUGAAAACUGUGCACGGAUUGUUGCAGCCGCCGGGAGCACGCAGCUCGCCCGGACACUGCGCGUUGAUAUCCGCAUCACACCUAACCCCUACGCCUGUGUUGGGGGCUGCGCCGGGGACCCGGCACUCGAGCUGCCCGCCGCAGUCGCCGGUCUGGCAACGCCCUUGGCCCGACGAAUUGAAGGAGCAGCCAGUUCGGGCCCACAGUCGGCCGUUUGUGCUGGUGGGAACGUUCAAGAUCCAAUUCUGCCCGGAGUCGAGGCGCCGGCCUCCGCCGGGGACCGCGGCUGCCCAUAUCGUGUACGGGCAGUUGUUGUGGAUGACAAAUGUGGAUGACGUGGCAUCGAUGAGGAGGAGGAGGAGAGUAAUGAAAGAAGGGAUUCUUAAUUUUGAUAUGAGCCUCAUAAUCAUCAUCGUCAUCUUUGUUUGUUUGAUUGAUCUUCUCCUAAACCAUACAGGCACGGAGCUGUACCUGGGCCAGGGGUGGCACUGGGCACCCCUGAAAAUUUUAAAUUAUUCAGGGAACUAUAUCGACAGACGACAGAGGAGCAAGAGCAAGGCUGCAAGAGGAAGAAUUAUUUCUAUCUCCAUACCAUCGCCCAUCCGAUUGGCUUUAGUUCAUUCCCGUUCGGCCGCCCGACUUCAAUUCAUCUUCGUCCCGGCCGUCCGGCUUCCGCAAAGCAUCCUUUUGAGUAAGGACUUACAGUGGCAGACCGUUCCAAUGAUUGAGGCAAUUUAUUUGUGGCUAAGACUUGAUUGGACCCCAAUCGAUAAAAUUCCUAGUUCCGUCAUUGAUUACACAUUUUCAAAUUGA